CCCCAUUCAAUUUAUCUCCUUCCACUCAACUACAUCAUGGCCAACGUUUUCUUCGACAUCACAAUCAACGACAAGCCUGCCGGUCGCAUCGUCUUCAAACUCUAUGAUGACGUCGUCCCUAUAACGGCCAAGAACUUCCGCGAGCUAGCCAUGAGAGAGAAAGGCUUUGGUUACAAGGGAUCCAAAUUCCACCGCGUUAUCCCCAAGUUCAUGCUUCAGGGUGGUGAUUUCACGAAAGGCAACGGUACCGGUGGCAAAUCGAUCUAUGGCGAGAAGUUCGCCGAUGAGAAUUUCAAGAUGAAGCACACUAAGCCAGGCAUCUUGUCUAUGGCAAAUGCUGGCAAGAACACCAACGGCUCUCAGUUCUUCAUUACUACCGUCGUCACCUCUUGGCUUGACGGUGCCCACGUCGUCUUCGGUGAGGUCGUCGAGGGUAUGGAUGUCGUUAGAGAGAUCGAAGGCUAUGGAUCUCCAAGCGGCACCCCGAAAGCGUCUAUCGCCAUUUCUAACUGUGGAACUGUAUAAGCUUCUAUUGUAGAUUGAUACAGUACGGAAAACGUCGCGUAGGCUGGAUGAAGUUGUGAACUCAUGUACAGAUAGUGAAUCUCAUGUUGUCUGGACAUUUCUGCGUGUUGCUUCAGCACUCGUUUUGACUUGCUGCAGUUCUCAUCGAUCGUGAUUAUCGAUAUCAGCAAAUACCACAGCCACGGACCAAGGAGGGAUCGCAUCCUUGAGUUGCACUUGAUUAUCACCACUUGGCGCUGGAGAGUGGAGACGCGCGAUUUUCGGGCUUU